GCAUGCGCAAAAUAUCGCCAUUCGAGGCGGCAAUUUCUUCGAGAGAGAGAAGAAAGUUUCGUGCGAUCUAAACGUCCUUUUCUACUGCUUCGUCUGUGAUUCUAGGGAGAAAGAGAAGGAGCCAUGUCUGGACGAGCUGGAAAAGUCAGGAAGAAGCGUGUGAGCCGCUCGGCCAAAGCAGGCGUUGUUUUUCCUGUCAGUAGAGUGUACCGCUACCUAAAACUGGCCAUUCUGAAGCGCCGUGUUGCCGUGGGAGCACCUAUCUACCUGUCGGCAGUUCUAGAGUACCUGUGUGCGGAGGUCCUCGAGUUGGCCGGAAAUGCCGCUAGGGACAACAAGAAGAAGAUUAUCACACCUCGUCACAUCCUCCUAGCUGUUGCCAACGACGACGAACUCCACAGGCUGCUGCGAGGGGUGACCAUAAGCCAGGGAGGUGUCCUGCCACACAUCCCGGAGGUGCUGCUGUUCAAGAAGAGCCAGCUGCGAGGAGUCAGCAAACCGCAGAGUCUCCAUACCAAGCCUGCUACCACUGCAGCCAGCAAGGCACCAAAGUCCCCAGUCAAGGCAGCUCCCCCAAAGAAGACUACCUCUUCGCCCAAGAAGAGCCAGGCGGCCAGCAAGCCAACUCCCGCCAGCGGAGGAGGUAUCACUGUCCUCUCUGAGAAAACUCUCUUCCUGGGCCAGAAACUGACCGUCAUCCAGGGAGACAUUUCUCAACUGACUGUGGAUGCUGUCGUACAUCCAACUAGUGGAAACUUUUCUCUGGCUGGGCAGUGUGGAUCUGCGCUGCGUGGUGCUGGAGGUCCGAGUUUUGAUUCAGCCGUGAAAGAAGUGUCUGAUAAGACGUCUCUAGCUAUGGCUGAAGCUGCAAUCAGUGGCUCGGGAACGCAGCUGCCGUGCAAACAUGUGCUACACGUCCACAGUCCGUCGUGGGGGGAUGACGACGCAGUCACCAACCUGGAGAAGGCCGUCAAGAACUGCCUCACACUCGCAGAGAACAAGAACCUGUCUACCGUCGCUUUCCCAUCCGUUGCCAGUGGAUCGAACAACUUCCCAAAGCAGGCGGCAGCACAGGCCAUCUUGAAGAGCAUCAAAGAAUAUUUCACCUCUUCAGUCAGCUCCCAACUCACACAGAUAUACUUUGUUCUCUUUGAUAUGGAGUCAAUUGGGAUAUACACAUCUGAGCUAGCUAAACUGGACGACUGACGAUGACCUGCCAGUUCAUCCUGCGAUUGAAACACUUUAGUAUCUACUUUUUUUUCAGACUCUUUUUUCUUUUUUAGAAAUUUUUCACGAUUUACACAAUAUCAAUAAUGCUGUAUACCCAUAAUACAUAGUCCCUCUUCUCGUACUCUGAUUUGUACAAAUUUUGUAUACAACGUUAGACUUUCGCAUGUGCAUCGCUUCACUCCAACCUUUCAAAUUUGAUCACACAACAAUAUUAUAUAAUGAAACACUGAUUGCAGGGGUGGGGGUGGUGGUUGCUAGGAGUCAGAAUUCACCAGAGGGUGGGCGUG